CUUAUCGGCCCAAUACUCUCAAAUCAAAAUCUGUGUGCGCUUCAUUCAUUCACCAUUGGUGACUCACUGUGACAUUUUUUCUAACGUUGUUUUGUUUGUUCUGUUGGAUUCUUCUUACUACUUCAUUCAUAACUGAAUUGAAUUAAAGUAUUAAAGUUUGAGACUUUACCAUUAUGGUAUUGCUAAUUGCACUUGCAUUGCUUCUUGGUCUCUUCCUUGCUCUUCUUCUUUUCAACCCACGACGCCCCAAAUCUGGGGAUAAGGUAAAAGCUGGUUCUAGCUCAAACAAUGAUAAGACAUCAAAAUCCUAUAGUAAAACUGAUGUCUCAUUGCAUAACAAGAGAACAGAUUGCUGGAUAAUCAUCAAGAACAAGGUAUAUGAUGUCACUUCAUAUGUGGAGGAACAUCCAGGUGGUGAUGCCAUUCUAGCACAUGCUGGAGAGGAUUCAACUGAAGGAUUUUUUGGGCCACAACAUGCAACUCGAGUCUUUGACAUGAUUGAGGACUUCUACGUUGGAGACUUGGAGCAAUAGCUAGUACUAUGUUUGGAUUUCCGUUGCUAACUUAAGUUUUAGUCCAAAAGUACGUUUGCCUCGAAGGAACUCUAAAAAUAUUUUGGAUUCAUUUGUACGUUUGCAGUUUCUCAGUCGCAUUGGUCGGUUUGAAGGAACAUUAGAGUUUAGUUAGAAGAAAAAAUUCAAUGUAUAUGAUUUUUUUCCUCAAGUCUUAAACCAUUCUCAUUAACAAGUGCUUCAUUAUGAACAUAA